AUGAAAGCGGAAACAACGAUUCGAUCACUAGAGGAGAGCAGCGAAACAUCAUCAUCUUCUUCUUCUUCUUCUUCUUCUUCUUCUUCUUCUUCUUCUUCUUCUUCUUCUUCUUCUUCUUCUUCUUCGUCAGAAGACGAAUCCUCAGAAGAAGAGUCAGAUGACGAACUAGAGGAACUAGGGGAAGUAAGGCGGAAACUGUUCACGAAAGAAGAGCUCCCAAAGGAACCCAAGGACAAUUUCAAAGAACUGAUUCAACUCUCAGACGAUGAAUCAUCCAAAUCGUCAUCAGAAGAUGAGUCAGAGGACGAACCUGAAGAACAACUAAAGAGCCAUCUGGUACCAGAAGCAUUUCCACAAGAUACAACCAGCAACAAAAUUGGAGCCCCAAACGAGACACGAAAAGGCGGAAGAGCCGAUUGA